AGAGACACAGAAUAUAAAGACAAAGGUUUUCUCUCUCAAACUCCAUGAUUAUUCAAAUUCUGUGAAAUAAAAAAAGGGGACCUGGGUUUACCCUACUUAUACUUGAGUAGGAGGAAAAUUCAGAGUUUCUAUUGCUUAUAAGGCCUGUUUUGGCUAGCUCCCCCCUCCAUUUUUUUUACAGAAUUAGCUGAAGAAGAAGAUCAAGAUCAAGAUCAAGAAGAAGAAGAAGAAGAAGACGUCGACGAAGAAGAAAAAGAUAGUUUUUUUUUUCUUUUUUUUUUCUUUUUUUAAAUAUUAUUGGGAGGCCAUGAAUAGAGGGGUUCUGCAAAGCUCAGUUGUGCAACAGAUGAUGGGAGCAGAAAACCCUAAUUGGUGGAGUAAUAAUAUUGGUGGGAGUAUGAGAACAAGCACACAAAACCAACAGCCAGCAGCAGUAACAGCAGCAGCAGCAGCUUCUUCUUCUCCAUUUUUAUGUCCUAAUUCUCCCAAUAUUCUAUUCCCUCACUACUCCAAUUCCCUUCCUUUUCCUUUUCCUUCUUGGUGUGAUUCUCAGGACCAGCUUCCAGAGUCUUGGAGCCAACUUCUCUUGGGAGGUUUGGCUGGGGAAUUGGAUGAACAGAAGGGGUGUAUGGGGCAGUUUGAAGCCAAGAAAUUGCUGGAGGAUUGGGAAGAAGAGAUUUUGAAUAGUAACGGCCACCACCACCACCAGCUUGAUCAUGUCAAGAAGGAGCAGUACGUGUAUGGACAUGGCGACGGCGGUGGCCGUGUCGGUGGCCGCAGCGAGGAUUUUCAGCUGCCUCAUAAACAAAGCUGGUCCCAUAUGAUUCCUGCUUCUUCUCCUCAGUCAUGUGUCACAAGUUUUAGUAGCAAUAUGUUGGAUUUUUCUAACAACUCGCCUCCUGAUUCCCGCCCCCGACAUCCCCUACCCGAUCGCUCGUCUGAGGUGAGGAAGGAGAAAUUAGGUGACAGAAUUACAGCUCUCCACCAGCUAGUUUCCCCAUUUGGGAAGACUGACACAGCUUCAGUUUUGUUAGAAGCUAUUGGGUACAUCAGAUUCCUUCAGAGUCAAAUUGAGGUGAUGUUUCUUGAUGAAGAGCCAAAGAGAGAUCUGAGGAGUAGAGGGUUGUGUCUGGUUCCAGUGUCCUGCACCCUGCAAGUUGGGAGUGACAAUGGAGCAGAUUAUUGGGCUCCGGCGUUUGGUGGCGGUGGCAGUUUCCGGUAGACGGUGGCGGCGGCCGAAGAAUUUGAAUAUAGGGCAGUUGCAGCAAAUCUCCAGAGAGUAGAAAGAGAGAGAAGGCUACAUUAUGAAACUGAUAUAACAUCAUGAGCAGUCAAUCUGCUAAAAGAAACCAAAGGCUGAUUGCUCAUGAUGCUAUGCAAACAUAAUCAAGGAAAAAAAAAAGUAUACAAGAAUUGCUGUAGCAGAAUGCUUUCAAAAUCUAAUUUCUUCUCGGUAAUUGUACUGGUUUUUAACUUUAGUUAUGAUUAAAAUGAUAAUUAUUAUUAAUAUUUUUAUUUAA